AUAAAAUACAUAAAAUGAGGCAUGAAAUCGGAGUCCUGUGUCUGGGACAUUCGGACUCAGUGGUGGAGUUAUCUUUUAACAGGGACUACGAUACUGGGUUCUUUUUGGCCUCAGCCGGACUGGAUGGAGUUGCAGCACUGCGACACGGCGAGACUGGCGACUGUAUUACCAACCUAACCAAGCACACGGACAGUGUGUGGUCGGUAUCCUUAAGCCACGAUGCCAAGAUCCUGGCCAGUGGCGGUGCAGACUGCAAAGUGCGAGUCUGGGAUGCCCUGCUGGGGAAACAGCUGAAGAAGCUUAGGCAUACCAAAACAGUGGCUUGUGUGGACUUGAAUCCGAAGGCCACUCGCCUGUUGACCGGCUGCGUCGAUCAGGAAUCCCCACUCGCCCUCUUCGACAUUGAACAAUCGGUGAAAGCUCCCCUGAUGGAGUUCCAUGGCCACAACCGCGGUGUGAGGGAUGUGAUCUUCUGCUUGGAGGAACACUGCUUCCUCUCCUCUUCAUAUGAUCGCACUGUGAGGAUGUGGGACUGCCGGAGCGGCACGAGAACCAACUCUAUUUUCCUGCCACACCACGUCAAGUCGAUGGAGCUGCACCCCAGCGGCGAUAUAGUGACCAUAGCCUAUGCUGGCGGAGUGAUCUUCCUGAACCCCAAGAGCUUCGAAGUGCUCAAGCAUCGGAAGCUGCCCUACAAGGUGACUGCGGCAUCGCUGAGUCCGAACAAGGAGAUCUACGUGUGCGGCAACAACAUGGGCUACUCCUUCAAGUACGACUACGACACAGAUGUUAAUAGGGGUCUCUACGCAUCCCAAAAUCCAUCCGCGGUGCUAGCACUGAGCUUCAGUCCGAAUGGCGAGGUGUGUGCCAUUGGAUCCCAAGAUGGCAGUAUCAUUCUCUGGCGAAUGAAACCGAAACAGACGCCUGUAGUGCGCCACCUCGAAGACGAAGACGAUGGGGAGCAGAAUGAAUCCAUCAGUUGAUCGCAUACCACACAACUGUACACAGUGUUGAUUUGAGUUUUCAUCUUGGUUCAUUUCUUAUUUUAUUUGUUUCGUUCUGUUGCAUCUUUGCCCAUGAUCAAAAUCUGAGAAGGGUCACUGGUUUUCUUUCCUCCUGUUAAUAAAUUCGUCUUGUGAUUGAA